AUGGCUUAUGCAGAAUUAGGUGAAGACGGCUCCGCCUUUGUGUUUGGUUCUGAUGACGGCUCAGUGUUUGGCUCUGAUGACGGCUCAGCGUUUGGUUCUGAUGACGGCUCUGUGUUUGGUUCUGAUGACGGCUCAGUGUUUGGUUCUGAUGACGGCUCAGCGUUUGGUUCUGAUGACGGCUCUGUGUUUGGCUCUGAUGACGGAUCUGUGUUUGGUUCUGAUGACGGCUCAGUGUUUGGCUCUGAUGACGGCUCAGCGUUUGGUUCUGAUGACGGCUCUGUGUUUGGUUCUGAUGACGGCUCAGUGUUUGGUUCUGAUGACGGCUCAGCGUUUGGUUCUGAUGACGGCUCUGUGUUUGGCUCUGAUGACGGAUCUGUGUUUGGUUCUGAUGACGGCUCAGUGUUUGGCUCUGAUGACGGCUCAGCGUUUGGUUCUGAUGACGGCUCUGUGUUUGGUUCUGAUGACGGCUCAGUGUUUGGUUCUGAUGACGGCUCAGCGUUUGGUUCUGAUGACGGCUCUGUGUUUGGUUCUGCUGACGGCUCUGUGUUUGGCUCUGAUGACGGAUCUGUGUUUGGUUCUGAUGACGGCUCAGUGUUUGGCUCUGAUGACGGCUCUGUGUUUGGUUCUGAUGACGGCUCUGUGUUUGGCUCUGAUGACGGCUCUGUGUUUGGUUCUGAUGACGGCUCUGUGUUUGGCUCUGAUGACGGCUCAGUGUUAGGCUCUGAUGACGGCUCUGUAUUUGGCUCUGAUGACGGCUCAGUGUUAGGCUCUGAUGACGGCUCUGUAUUUGGCUCUGAUGACGGCUCUGCGUUUGGUUCUGCUGACGGCAGCGUGUUUGGUUCUGAUGACGGCUCUGUGUUUGGCUCUGAUGAGGGUUCUGUCUCUGGUUCUGAUGACGGCUCUGUGUUUGGUUCUGAUGACGGCUCUGUGUUUGGUUCUGAUGACGGCCCUGUAUUUGGUUCUGAUGACGGCCCUGUGUUUGGUUCUGAUGACGGUUCUGUGUUUGGCUCUGAUGACGGCUCUGUGUUUGGCUCUGAUGACGGCUCUGUGUUUGGCUCUGAUGACGGCUCAGUGUUUGGUUCUGAUGACGGCUCUGUGUUUGGCUCUGAUGAUGGCUCUGUGUUUGGCUCUGAUGACGGUUCUACAUUUGGUUCUGAAGAGGGCUCCACAUUUGGCUCUGAUGACGGUUCUACUUUUGGUUCUGACGAUGGCUCUGCAUUUGGUUCAGCACUUGGUUCCGUUAUGGCACUCGAUGCCAACAAAAGGCUUAAUGUUAAGAGAGUCACGAAGCAAUAUUUCGUCAUAUUAGAUCUACUGGCCGGACGAUCUGUAAAUAACUGA